GACCGCGCAAUUGUCAUUCAAAGUGUGACAGCACUGAAAGCUGGAAAUUGGCCUGGGCAGGAAGGGGGUGAAAGUGCCCGGUAGGCUAGUGGUUAAAAAAGUAAUUAGGACAUAUAAAAGCAUGCCAGUGCCAAAUUCAGAAGUCAUUUUUGGGCUUAAGCAUGGAAACUCUCAUGAUUGCAGCAGUAUUAUAGCAAGCAUACAUUGCAUUUCCAGGCAAGUUUGGAAACUCUGGCCAGUGCUCAAGUGUGUGUUAGGAGCAGGGGCGGACUGACAACUCAUGGGGCCCCCCGGGCAAU